AUGAAAAAAUAUAAAAAACUACUUAAACCCUUCCGAUCUCUAGAUCUCUUCACCAAACCUGUAUCUCUACUAAUCAAAGAUAGAGAGCGUCACAAAACUUAUUGUGGGGCAUUCCUCACCAUUAUUAUUAUAUCUAUGAUGAGUGUCCUCUUAUUCACGAAUUUCAAUAAUUUAGAUAAGAAUCCUCAUUCCUAUCAAUAUCAGAUAUACCAUCAAGCAUUAAACUGUACCCAAUUAAUUAAUUUUACUAUACAAAUAACUGGAUUAGAUGAACAAGACUUAGAUGUAAACACUUCAGAUGGCCAACUUUAAAUGAGUUAGAAUCUCUAUUAAUAUGCUUAAUAAGUAAGUUUAUAUGAAACAGAACAAAGAGUUUAGUUUGUUAUUGUAGAGAUCUAUCUCAAGAAUGAUAGUCAACUAUAAAAAACAGUGAAAAGUCUUGAUUUCUAGUUUUAAAUACCAACUUUUUAUUAUGAUUUAUAAGAUGUUUAAGAUCCUGUAAAAAUGAGAAUUGAGAAAAUUGAUACAACUUUAAGUCCAAGUGUUUAAAAAAGAAUUGAUAUCUACAUGAGUCCACUUACUGUUAUUUCAGAUAAUGGUAUGGUAUUGAAAGAUGAGACAAAACAAAGUUUGUUAGCAUAUCACCAUCAUUAAGAAAUGUAUGAGGUUGGGAAUGCUUUAAAAUUACUUCAUAUGAGAAUACGUUUGAAUAAAACAGAGUUUGUUUAAUACCGAUCGUAUCCAAAAUUAUAAUAGAUUCUUGGAGAAGCUGGUGGAUUAUGGAAUGUCAUUUUCACAUUAGCAAUGUUCUUAUAACUGCCAUUUAGCAAUUUAUCUUAUCGAUUGUAAAUAAUCAAUUCUCUAUUUAAUUUUUCAAACGAUGAUGAUUCAACGGCUAAUAAUGAUAAUAAUAAUAAGAUAAAGGUUGAUAAUGAAAAAUUAAUUGAGAAAGCUGUAAGUCCAUAAUAGAUUGACAAGAAAAUUCCAUUGUGUUAAAGUGAAGUAAAUCUUCCAAUAGUUCCUGUAUUGAAGAAAUAAAAAAGUUGGAGUUAAUUAAAUUAAUUGAAUAUUAAGAAAAGAUUGUAUAGUAUAUAAAGAAAGAGUCAGAUGAUAACAGAGGCUGAUAGUGAGAAUCAGAAGGCUCAUAUAACAAAUGAGAUUUCAGCAUCAAUUAAAAGAUUUUUUAGAGUUGUUACCCAAAAGCUUAAUUUGAAUCUUUUGGAAUAUAUAACAUUUUAAUUUCCAAGAAGGAAGAAUAAUAACAAUAUAAAAUAUUAGUAAUUUGAAUUUGCAGUUAAUCGAAUCUAAAAAUCACUGGACAUUCUAUACAUUAUAAAUAAAUUACAUGAAAUUGAUAAAUUAAAAUUUAUCCUUUUGAAUAAAGCAUAGAUCAAGAUGUUUGAUUAUUUACCUAAACCAUUUAUAGGAGCAGAUCCGUAAGAUAUUUCAGAUGAUAACUUUUGUUCACUUUUGAAACCAGCAAAGACUCCUUAUCAAAAGGCAUUAGAGGCUUAGCAAGCGUUUAAAGAAAUUAUUACUAACUAUUAAGAUCCAAUAAAUUAGAAAUUAAUAAAUAGUAUGGAUGAACCUAUCAUAGAUUUAAUGAAAUUAUAGUUGAAUUAGGAUAUUUAAAUAUUAGACACAUCAGUGAUUAAUUAAUUAGUUUAGAGUGCUGAAUAUAAAUUAGAUACAGCAAGACAAUGAC